AACCUUAUCAAUAUUUAUCCCACAGUUAUCGAAGAUAUACAGAGAUAUCCCUAACCUUGACCAGACUUUGUUGACGCCAGUUUAACUGUCCACAUCGCCUUCGUGACCAUAGGCAGUCCACCAUUUGGACUUCUCUCAAACAAACACCACAAUCUCGACAAGAUUUGCCCUAGCGACAUGCGAGAGCUAUGGCAACAGGACCGCAAGCAUUCUAUUGCCUGUGGCAGAAAGAGCAGAUCCGCGAGAGGCUCUUCGAAUUACUAUCAAACCAAGACAUCUGCAAUAUCCGCCUCGCAUCUUCGGCAUGUUGCAACCUCGUUACUAAACGGCUUUUCUUACGAACCCACCUGACUUUCACGGCGCAAACUUUCACUCGGCAGAGUAGGAUUGAGGCGUUGUCGAGAGUAGGGCAGCAUAUAGAACAUCUCACCUUUUAUUUUCCACAUUCCGAUGCAACCUUCUUACCCCCGCUGAUUCACCCCGAAAGUGGGCGUGAAAUUAGCUUCCUUUACAAGCCUCACACUUCAAUGGCAUCAGUUCUAGAGAGGCCCAAAUUCGCCAAUUCGGCGCUCGGUGAGAUCCUCACGGAACAAUACCCGCCAUUGUUCCACGCCGCAUCUAAUGUGCCGUCCUUCAUCAAUGCUAUGAAGUACCUGCCAAAUAUGAGGCACCUUACUAUAAAAACACCAGGCCAAGACCCAAGGGAGAGAUAUCGAAGGGAUAUUGUCGACUACGCACUUAUCAGCCUGCGGAUCUCACUGGAGAGGGCACCGAUGAGGAAGCUUACAAAGCUUUCGUUAUCAUCGGUCCACCCAUCUGCCUUCAUUUAUUUGCGACAUGUCAUAGGCUUUGGUUGUCUACCAUCAGCAGCUCGACGGUGGAGACAAAUCCGAAAGCUAUAUAUUACCGCUGAGUCGUGGGAUUUCUACGGUCCUUCGCCUGGGCUUGAUCAUUUAAAGAUGAUCGACGACUAUAUCCGGGAUUUUUCAAACAGCCUAGAGAAGUUAACAUUUACUUGGCUGGGCCAAAGGGGACCAUGCCCACUGUCAUUGGCGGCCGACCCAUUGUUUGCGCCGCCUCGGAGUUCGCAAAAGCUGUUCCAUGAAGUCACCUCGCCCAUGUCACCCUUACCACCACCGCCUCUGAGGAAGCCCAUCGUCUUCCGAAAAUUGCGUUACAUGGCAAUCCGGAACUCCACAAUGAACUCGCCACAAGUAGCUUCCUUAGUCGCGACGCAUCAACAUAGCGUCCGUGAGUUCGACUUCGAAAAUACCGUUUUAAUCAAUGAUGGUAGCUGGGACGAUGCAUUAGCACCUUUAAUGGACAAUACUUCUCGUAGCGGCCGUUGGACUAGGCAUUCAAUGGCAACUAUUUCUGAGGAAGUCGCAAGUAUUCAUUCCGAGGACGUAGAUGACGAGUUGUCAGAGGACUCGCCUGCUGUUUCCGCGGUAUCUCAGGAGCUUCUGGAUCUCGACCUAAACGGAGGCGAACGCGAGGAACACGAGGAACACGAGGAAGAUGAACCACUAAACCAGGAAGAAGAUCUUCUUGACCUGCCUUCGGAUCUGGAGGCUGCCCGACAAGCUAGUAUCUCGUUUCCGAACAAGCUUAAGAAGCGUCGCGUCACGAAGAGGCGCCGCAGAAAGAAGCCUAAACAUGAUCAUACAGACGAUGAGCAGGAACAUCGUGAGCGGCAUCAUCGUCGGCAACUUUCCGAUGAUUCUAUAGACCAGCCCAGCUAUGAGCAUCGCCGUCACCGCCGCCGGCAUCCGAAGACCAAGGAACAUCCGGAGGAGCAGCUGGAAAUCCAUCCUCGUAAUCAUAGCUACCGGCCCUCCGUCGAAUCGUUCACUCGGCCCCAGGAGCCUCCACGGUUAUCCGUCUCGUCUCAGUCCUCUCGCCCGCGAUUAUUCGGCGAGGUGAACAGCGUGUGCUCCACCUCGUCGCGGCGGCUCUUCGGCGAAGUCUCGCAACUCUCCAACCCGGGUUCGGAGCCCGAGCUCACCAACUCGCCCAUCGACGAGUCGGACUCCGUCGUCGACGAAUACUUCCGCCCCAGCACCCCCACCACCACGACUCCUACCAUGGACAUCUCAGCCCCCAUCCUCAACACCGCGCCUAGCAUGCCCAUCCUCCUUUCACCCACCGUCUACGACCCGACCGCGGAGCUCUGCUCCGAGAUCACGGCCGUGCAGCGCGACAUCGAGGCGGAAGAAGCUCAAAGGCUGGUCGCUCAAGAUACCGAGAUGCAGACUAGCGCCCUAAAGAGGGCUAAGGAGCUCGUGCUCAGUCGUCUGGGCAGCCAGUUCUCGAGCGGCGCGAGUAGUUACUACAGUAAGAAGAGCUCCGGCGCCGGUUCGCGGAAGGAGAGCUUCGGCUCUGGAAGCUUCCUUAGCGGCGCGAGGUUUCGCGAGGGUCUUUUUGGCAGGAGUGUCCAUACUCCUCCGGUUGUGAGCGGGGCGCUGCAGCCGGGGAGGGAUCAUGGGAGUAUGGAUGUGCCGAUUUUGUUUAGUCGGGGGUGAUGAGGAUGGUGGUGGUGGUGGUGGUGGUGGUGGUGGUGAUGUGUAUGAUGAUGAGUUUUACGAAAAAGGGGGUGAGGUAUGAAAAGUAUGAGAUGUGAUGUGUUAUGACUUGUAAUGACUAGAUUUAUUUCUCACGAUCGCUAUGAAUGAACAUUACAUUCUUUUUUGUACAUCUUUAAAAAUAUAUCUAGCUAUUUAUAUCUUACUUUUGAUACGGUGUCUCUCAUGUCUUGAGCCAAAAUACCUCUUUACAUUAAGGGCGUACCUCCCUAAGUGC